UUUUCUCGUAAAACUUAAAUUGAUUUCUGAAUUUUUUUUUUUAGAAACUUUAAUCUAUUUUUCUUCUACUUUUUAAUAUAUUUCUAUUUUAAUUUACUUAUUUAGUGGAAAUCUUCUUGUGACAUUGGUAACAUCAUGAGCAAACUACUAUUUUUACGAAAUAUUCGUGGUUUAGAUGAACCUACACUUAGACAGAUAAUUAAUAGUAAAAAUUUGCCGUGUGGCACUAUUAUGUUUAAGUCUAAUGGAGCAUGUGCCACGGUAGACUUCAUGGAUUCAUCUACUGCUGAAUAUGCAUUGACACUACUGAAUGGUAUGCAACUACAAGAUUGUACACUCGUGGCAGAACCAUACAAUGGGCUUCAUAGUCAAAUGGUUAAAAAAGCAAGUGCUGCGAAUCUUCCUUCACAUAUCGCUAACGCAUUCAUGACAAUGACCCCAAACGACAUGGAUCAAAGUCAACAGGCCAACCAGGGAAAUACACAGGAUUACAACGGUUAUGCAUACAACCAGAAUUCUCAAUACCAACAAAGACAACCAUCUCAAAGUGCCAACAAGAUAGUUAUUAGCAACGUACCUAGUAGUGUUCGAUUUGAACAGCUGGAACAGGUAUUAUUACAAUUUGGUCAGGUGAAAGAUAUAGAAAAACUAAAUCAACGUGAUGGCCCAACCCAAGUUGUUCAAAUUACAUUUGAAUCUGCUGAACAAGCUCAUAAUGCAUUAGCUAAUUUAACAGGUUUUGAGCUUGAAGGUUGUCAAAUUAAGAUAGAACCUGCUAUGGAAAGAAGAGGACGUAGUGGAGUCAGACCACGCCAUGUCCCAUUUGGCACUGCUGGCAGUAGUUCUGGUGUUGGUAAUAGACAAACUGAGUUUCCUUUGCGUAUAUUAGUACAUAGUGAUAUGGUUGGUGCAAUUAUAGGCAGAGGUGGUUCAACUAUUAGACAAAUUACUCAACAAACAAGAGCAAGAGUUGAUGUUCAUAGAAAAGAUAAUGUUGGUUCUUUAGAAAAAGCUAUCACUAUUUAUGGUAAUCCAGAAAAUUGCACUAAUGCUUGCCGAAAAAUAUUAGAAGUUAUGCAACAGGAAGCAAGCAAUACGAAUAAAGGAGAUGUUAUACUUAAGAUUUUGGCUCAUAACAAUUUGAUUGGUAGAAUAAUCGGAAAAGAGGGUAAUACGAUCAAAAGAAUUAUGUCUGAGACUGAAACUAAAAUUACUGUAUCCAGCAUAAACGAUAUUAAUAGCUUCAACUAUGAAAGAAUUAUUACUGUCAAAGGCUCAAUAGAAAAUAUGUCUAAAGCAGAAGCCCAAAUUAGUGCUAAAUUAAGACAAAGUUUUGAAAAUGAUCUCCAAUCCAUGGCGCCACAAACUGUUAUGUUCCCUGGUCUUCAUCCAAUGGCUAUGAUGUCUGCUUCUGGAAUAACAUAUCCGGGACGAGGAGGUCCAACUAACUAUCAACCAUUUGCACCAGCACCAUAUCCUCAAAUGUAUCCAUCUACCAUUCCACCAAUUAAUCCUGCUUUAGCAGCAGAUGUGCAGGAAACUGCAUUCUUGUUUAUUCCAAAUAGUGCAGUUGGUGCUAUUAUAGGUACUAAGGGUUCAAAUAUUAGAAGUAUGAUAAGAUUUAGUGGUGCAUCAGUUAAAGUGGCAUCAACAGAUAAUGAGAAGCCGGGUACUCCUGUUGAUGCAAAUAGUGCACAACAAGCAAGUCGAAAAGUUACAAUUGUUGGAUCAGCAGAAGCCCAAUGGAAGGCUCAAGGAAUGAUUUUUGAUAAGUUGAGGGAUGAAGGUUUUGUUCCAGCUACUGAAGAAGUGCGAUUAACAGUUGAAAUUUUAGUGCCAAGCAGUCAAGUUGGUCGUAUCAUUGGUCGUGGAGGCUCUAAUGUAAGAGAGUUACAAAGAGUAACUGGUUCCAUUAUCAAAUUGCCGACUCAAGGGUCAACUGAUGGCUCUGAAGAUACUACUACUGUACAUAUUAUUGGUCACUUCUUGGCCACACAGUCGGCUCAAAGAAGAAUUCGCUCUAUGGUUGCAUCUGGUGCAAAUCCAGCACCGCGGCCUACACGCAACAGCAGACCCACAGAAACACCACAACAGUGAGUUAUUGACAUCGUCCAUAGAUCCUAGGCAAAUAAAUCUCCUCCACCGACAUGAUCAUUUAAAUAUAAGUGAUAAAUCAUUAUUGUUGUCGGUUUAUUAGCCAUAAGGAUUUAUUGGCUGUCAUAACUCCAUAUUUUUAAGAGCUACUAUUGACUUAUAUGGUCAAGGAGGGGAUGUGACUGAUUGCGUGACCAAGAGUACAAAUGAUUGUCAGUUAUGGUUAGGUAUGACUUUUGUUCCUUUCCAAAAAACGACAAUCAACUCUUUUUAUACAUGAUUAAAGUUAGGGAUAUUUUUUUUUUU